AAGGCCAAACACAUGCACACCCACACACUCUCUCUCGCUUUUGAUAAGUGUCUUGUGCUCAGAGCAGUGAGUGUGUGGAGAUGGUGGCUGAGGAGGUGGUAUUGUCCCUGUCUGGAGGGCCCCCCUGGGGAUUCAGACUUCAGGGGGGAGCGGAGCACCACAGACCUCUACAGGUGGCAAAGGUGCGCAGGCGCAGUAAGGCAUGCAGAGCUGGUCUGAAGGAGGAGGAUGAGCUGGUGGCCAUAGAUGAGUGUGUGUGUGCUGAGUUCAGCCACGCCCAGGCUAUGAGCCUCAUCGACUCCCACAGAACCAGCCUUAACCUGCGGGUGAAGAGAGCUGCCUCUGGGUUUCCCUCUGUGCCUCAGUGUGGUGGCUCCCCUUCUCCCCGCUCCUCUAACAGGGUCCUGUCUCCCCCGCUGGCCCCCCUAUCCUCCGGCCGGCCCUCCCUCCUCUCCCCCACUGGAGGCCCAGGGUGUCUCACCUCCCCCCCCGACAGCGAAGCCUACUACGGAGAGACCGACAGCGAUGCCGACACACACACGCACACGCACCGCCGCCAGCGGCGCACCCCCCCCCACGCGCGCUCACCUGGGCGCCAUGACAACCAGCAGGAGGAGGAGACCUCGGAGAUGAGCGGGUACGAGAGCGCCCCAGACGGAAGCCUGCAGGCCCAGUGGGACCCAGGCUCAGAGCCGGCCAGCCCCCACACUGGAGUGCCUCGGAGGGAGGUGGUCUACCAGCCCACCUUGACUGACUGGACACCCCCUUACCAGCCCCCCACACACACCCUGUCACAACUUCAGGAUCCGGCAGAGAUGGUGGGGGGAGUGGAGGGGGAGGGAGAGGGUGACAGCGGCUUCCAGGAGGUAGGAGGGUGUGUGGGGCUAUCAUGUCCACCCCUGGUAUCUCCCCAGCGUGCCAAAGAGGCUAUGACAAUGAGGUCCUGUGGACGGCUGGUUCCCAUGGUGGGGCCCCAACAGAACCCCCUCAGUGAUGAGCUGUCAACCACGUACAAGGAAAAGGCACGGCAAGCCAAGCUGCCGAGGGGGGACAGCGUGGUGGAGAAGCAGGUGAAGGAGGCCCGCUCCAAGUGUCGCUCCAUCGCCUCCCUACUGACCCACGCCCCAGACCCCCACUCCAAAGGAGUGCUCAUGUUCAAGAAAAGACGCCAGAGGGCCAAGAAAUACACGCUCACCUGCUUUGGCCGUGCGGAGGGGGAGACAGGGGGGGAGACGGAGGGGGACACGGGGGGAGAGGAGGAGGAGGGCAGCUCGUUCCCCAGUGGCUCUGAGGUGGAUGAAGAGGGCUUUUCUGGGGCCUACGACCCCACGUGGGACAGCGGCUAUCUGGACCUGCUGGAUAGGAGGAGCUCUGCAUGCCCUUCCACCACACCCACCAAUCACAGCCCAGGACUGGAGAACUCAGCCUAUCACAACCCAGGACUGGAGAACUCAACCUAUCAAAGUCCAGGACUAAAUAACUCAACCUAUCAAAGCCCAGGACAGAAUAACUCAACCUAUCACAGCCCAGGACAGAAUAACUCAACCUAUCACAGCUCAGGAUUGGAGAACUCAACCUAUCAAAGUCCAGGACUGAAUAACUCAGCCUAUCAAAGUUCAGGGCUGGAUGAUGGAAGCAAGAAGCAGCCUGUCAGGCCUAGCCUUGCCUCUAACCCCUCCCCUCUGUCCCCACCACCUGUGAGUCUGGCCAAUGGGGUUCCUUUAGGCUUGAGCAGAGCCAGCAUGGUCCUGAUUCCACAACAGUCUGACCCUAACCCCAACCCUAACAUGAACUUUAACUCCAACCCUGGGGGCGUCCUAAACCGGACUGCCCGACCUUUCGCCCCCGGCCUCCCCCCUCCUCGCACCCCUGCCACCCCUGUCUGUUUCCGUCCUCCCCAACCUGCGCCCCUCACCAAACCCAAACCCGUGUCCAUGGUGACCAAGCCCACCUCUGCCGUAUCCAUGGUGACCAUCCCAGCUCCCCGCUCUGCCUCAGGGCCAGAGGUGAGGAGAGCAGUGUCCAGCACUUCUCUGUAUAUCCCCCCUAGACCCAACGCCUCGCCCUCUCCCCCAGGCCCGGCCCAGCUCCCUCCGCCUCCUAUCUUCAAUCCCUACAUGUCGGCCCCCGGAGGCCCAGCCCCACCGGUUCAUGUGACUAGUCCCACCCUGCCGACCAGCUCUGAUUCGCUGGCGUCCCGCGAGCAGCGCAUCUCCGUUCCCGCCUCUCGCACCGGGAUCCUGCAGGACGCGCGUCGCCGCAGCAACAAGAAGCCCAUGUUCAGCACGGUAGAGGAGAAGAAAGCUGUGUCCCCCAACCCGGCCCUGCUGUCGCUGCUGCAGAACCUGUCCCUGCAGCCAGAGGCCAGCCCAGAGGCCAACCCGGGGGCCGGGGGGCCGGGAGGCACGGCUAUGGAGGCCGGGACGGAGUCUGGCCCCGAGGACGACUGGCUGAGGCUGGGGGCCGAGGCCUGCAACUUCCUGCAGGCUCAGAGGGGCGACAAGCCCCCCCCUGUGGCCCCCAAACCCCACGUCCAGCAGCAGCAAGUUCCCCAGCUGGGGGGGAAGGGGGGGCAGAUGUUUGCUCGCAGGCAGAGCAGGAUGGAUCGCUUCAUGGUGGAGCGCCCUCCCGGCACUCACCCCUCCCCUGCCAGCCCCCGGGAGCCCUCCCCCACACCCUCCCUGCCAGCCACCUGGAAAUACUCCUCCAGCAUCCGCGCCCCCCCACCCAUCAACUACAACCCCCUCAUGUCGCCCUCCUGCCCCACUCAGGCCCAGAAGCCCAAGGGAGGAGAGAAGAGGCCAGGGACAGGGCCCAAGAAAGGAGGCAUCAAGGCUGUGGACAUCAUGAGCCACCAACCGUACCAGCUCAACUCCUCCCUGUUCAGCUAUGGGGGCCCCCAGAAGCAGUCGGGGCCAGGGGGCGAUCCCCGGGGGCCGAUGAAGACGGCCCGUGUUCAGGAGGUCAGGCGCUUCUCCACGCCCCCUCCCUCCGGGCCUGUCCUCAAAAUCAUUGCGCCACGAUCUGCAACAACACUGGGAGAGCCGUUUUGGCGUUCUGAUGUGAUUUCCCCUCCACUGACACCUGCUCCUGUCCCCUACCAGCCUUACCAGCCCCAGCAUGUUAGCACCCCCUACCUGCCCCAGACCCAGUCUGCUAACACCCCCUACCAGCCCCAGACCCAGUCUGCUAGCACCCCCUACCAGCCCCAGCCUGCUAGCACCCCCUACCAGCCCCAGCCCCAGCCUGCUAGCACCCCCUACCAGCCCCAGGUCCACAGAGCCUCCUUGCAUCUGUCUCCCCCUCCUCCCCCCACUGCCCCUCUUCCCCCUCUCCCCAUCCUCUCCCCUGGCCGUGCUCCUAACCCCCUGCCCCCCCCAGCCCCCUACAGCUCCCCCUCAUUCCCGUCCCAGGCUACCAGGCAGAGCAAGAGUGCCCCAGACCUCAGCCCCCUGUCCUUGGCCUGCGCUCGCCCCCCCUCCAGCACCGCCCUGCCAGCGUCGGUGCCUCGGCCCAGGUUCAGCACCUCCACCCUGGGUCUGCAGCCACACGUGUGGCGCCCUGGCUCCACCCUGUACUGAACAGAUGCCGUGUAGAGGUGCCAGCUCUGCAGAGACAGGACACCGAAGAUACUGUACAUGGAUACGAAUCUUUCUUAAAGGGAGAAUUCGAGAGAUGGCGAGCUAAGGCACCGGAGCACUCAAAUAUACAGAAUGUAUUUGGGGAAGUUGGAUUUCAAAGCCAGACAAAAUGAAUCACGUUUGUUGUCAUAAAAAAUCGUUUUGAGUCUGGCACAAUUUGGAGUUUUUAUCUUUUAAACACAUGACAGCCCUGCUUUGCAUCUUGAUAUGUUGAACCGUGUGAGCGUCAGUGAAGGAUGAAACACAAGAAGGGAAAAAAGAUACAAAAUGGUUGAAAAAGACUUAACUGUACACUCAGAUUUGAUGAUGAUGAUACUAUGAAACAUUUGACAUUUUGAAGUGGAUGACUAAAGCAAGUGUAAAAGACAAGCCAGAGAAAGAAAAGCGAAGAGAGGAAGGGAGGAGAGACAGAUGUGGGAGAGCAGUCACCUGGGAUCAAGGUGGACACUGUUGGAAUCAGAUGAUGUGAAUGAGUUCAAGACAGACUCAGUUUAAAAUAUAAAACAGUAUGCUGCCCUGUUGUUUUAUCUAGGUUCUGCCUUCUAGCAUCUCCUGGUUUCCUGUGAUAAUGCUUUUAAAAUACAACAUUUUAUGCUUGAACUUGUACCCAUAUUGUAAGCUUCUGUGUCUUGUCAGUGGUGGAAAGCCACACUGUGUUAGCGUUUGAGUUUAAUUUUCUUUUUGUAGAAUUUGUUACAGGACACACUGAUGGGGUGGGGAGGGCUGUAGUUGGGGGGUGGGGGGGAGUUUAGAAGUCUGGUUGUUGAUGUAAAAAACAUAUUUGUAAUGUCUGUUUUUCUGUACCUGAACAGCACAACUAAAUAAAAACAGACAUGACUCAA